UUGAAUUUCAUUAAUUUAGUGCCAAAUGCGCCUAUCAUUAAAACCGCAGAAUGUACAGCUGAAAAUAAUUCGGUGACAAUAGUUUGGAAAGCAAAAGAUGACGGUUGUGCUGUAGAUGGUUUUGUGCUCGAAAUUGAUUCUGGUACCGAUGAAGGGUUAUUUAAGGAAGUAUACUGUGGUGUAGAUACAAUAUGUACAAUCGAUGGGUUACAUUUUAAUACAGUAUACAACGCUCGAGUUAAAGCAUUCAAUGCUGCUGGUGAAAGUGAUUACAGUGAUAUUAUUUGCCUUCAAACUGCCACAGUGGCGUGGUUUCAGCUGAGCAAGUCAGCUUCACAAACUGACUUAAAUUUGUCAAAUGAAUGCAUGUCAGUUACAGCAACCACUGUAGAAUACCGUACUUUAUGUGGUUCUAUCGCUUUCUCGCGGGGCAUACAUUACUGGGAAGUAACAAUUGAACGACACGUUGGAAAUGCUGAUAUUGUCGUUGGCGUAGCUCAGAGUGCUUUCAAUCGUCAUAUUAUGCUUGGUAAAGAUUUGCAUGGUUGGUCUAUGUAUAUUGAUGGGGAGAGAUCAUGGUACCUUCACAACGAAAUGCAUCAUAGUCGUAUCACUGGUGGCAUUUGUGCUGGAUCUGUGAUUGGCGUACUACUUGACUGUGACCAUGGUACUCUUGCAUUUUACGUCAAUGAUAAUCGACGUAAUUUUGAAGGACAAUUCCUUGCAUUCAGAAAUAUGCCCCGCGGAUUAUAUUAUCCAGCAUUUAGUGUGAAUUGUGAUUCUUUGGUUACAGUACAUACCGGUUUAGCUGCACCUUCGAGUUCGGGAAGUAGUGAUUGCAGUAACUGA